AUGGACCCCAACUGGCGUCCGGCCGUUCAGGUCGUCAUAAAUAGCCAUGCCCAUACACAAGCGGGAGUAGCUAGGGGGCAGACGCAGCGUCGGGAGAGACCAUUAGCCGUGGAAGAGGCGCUGCAAUACUCCCCCAUGUACAGCGCCCCGGUAUUCGGUUUAGACUGCAUUCUACGCCCGGAUGUCGGCCGACCUCCUGCUACGACCUCAAUCAAUCAUAUCCUUCAGUCCGGCCGCAGUGCGCUGAACGAUCUCAACGACGAUAUCCGAUCAGGACGUCACGAAUCAAGCCGCUUAGAGACCUCUCGAGAAUAUCUACAACAUUUACUGGACGGCGAGCAAUUGACAGAAUUUAAAUUUAAACUUCCGACAGGAAACCGGAACCCCCCACCGUCACUGAAUACGCCCCGCGAACCUGUUCCCAGCAGCAACCGCCUUGGGCCCUUUGCCAGAAUGAUGUUGGACUCUACGGAUAUCGCUUAUCGAUGUGCGAUCACUCUACCCUUCUUUUACACCAUGUGCGGCUUGAGCUUACAGGUUAUAGAUCCUACACCAUCAGAUACGGAUAUUGGAACCCCGCUGAAGAAAUCCAAAUCCAAACCUCCGAAGAACCAUAAACUGGCUCCCAGUACUCCCAACCAGCCUACCCAGCCCGCGAGUCAGCUCUCCGUCGUGAUACCGGUAAAGCCUUUGCCGAACGCCGAUCAUGUAUACAUUGCUCCGAAGAAGAGGAACCAGAGCGCUAGUGGAGAUGACAACCUAACGUCUAUUCGCCUAAGAGCUCAGAAGGAGGAAGCGGAUGCUGCUCUAGUCAGGCUGCAGGAUAUUCUUCAUGAGAUCUUCGAAUCAGAAGACCAAUUCGACCCAGGGAUAUCCGAUACAGCUCCAGAUAGGCCGAGCAUGGUCUUAACUUCGCUCCAGUCGCUGGAAGUUAGUGGCCCGGUACUAUCUGCGGAUGCCCAUGCGCGUCUUCAAAAGGCUAUGAAGAAGGUAGUGAGCUUCAAUAGGCUCCAAGACAUCCCUUCAGAUCACCUCACACGCAUACAGAAGCUCUGCGAAAGGUCUAUAAUUGCUGCACAGGCGCCUGAUUUGAGACUAGAAGAUGCAUCGGACGAAUCGGCAGCUCAGGACUGGUUGAAGAAGUUGGACGAUAUGCAAAACGCCCUCCUUGCGAUCAACACUCUUUUACAAACCAUGUCUGGCUCGCAGACGGAAAGGGACCUUUGUCAGGAGGAUCUGAUUGAAGCAAUUCCAAAUCUCCUCAAUCAGGUCUUCGACCACUGUAUUAUACCAGCUGUUGAAGCUCGUCCCGGAGGAAAAGAUGGGAAAUUUUUCGAGCUCUGUUCUCUCCAAAAACGUGCCAUUGGAAGCGUGAUACAGCAGAGUAAAAAGGUCAUGAGCCUUUUUGCUGGCUUUUUGGCGCGGAUCGAUGUCUCAGAAGGAGCUAUCACCGCAACCGAGUUCUUCGCCGCGAAACUGAUCUUCGUUGAGAACUCGCACACCGAAAAGGAUUCCGCCGUGGGUAGUCAGAAAUAUGAAUCUGUUCGGCGAGGGGCUAUGGAUGUUCUCGCAAAGAUAUUCUCGAAAUAUCCAUCUCAGCGCGCCUUCAUCCUCGACGAGAUCCUAGUCUCCCUAGAAAAGCUUCCAUCCACCCGGCAAAGUGCCAGACAGUUCAAGCUUGCCGACGGCAAGAAUAUCCAACUGCUAACUGCGCUGGUCAUGCAGCUUGUGCAGACCACUGCCUUAGACACUCCUUCUCCUAGGUCAACGAAGACUAAGCGUAAGGCUGUGAAAUCUGAAGACGAGGGCGAUGAAUCUGAAGAGGGCGACGAGUCUGUGGAUGACGACGAUGAUAAGUCCGACAUAUCAUUAGCGCGUUUGGCUGUGAAGGUCAAUAAUCUAUACGAUAAUGCUCUGCGAAGCGCUCAGUAUAUCAUCAAAUUCAUUGUCCAACGAGCAAUGACGUCCACGAAGACUGGUGAUCAACCAUACCGCAAUAUUCUUGACCUCUUCACUGAAGACUUGAUCGGAGUCCUAGGCUCUACGGACUGGCCUGCUGCAGAAUUGCUCCUUCGUAUCAUGGCAUCUCAUAUGGUUAGCAUUGCAGACCUUGACAAAAGCCCCGCCACAGCAAAGAGCAUGGCUUUAGAGCUACUGGGUUGGAUGGGCUCCGCUAUCUCUGAUCUGGCUUCCACUGCCCAUCAUCUUCUUCCGGCCAUGGAGGAGUCCGAAACUGAGCUUACAGACUCUUUAAAGCAGUUGUUCGAGGAUUACUCGAAUCGUGCUCUACAUCCUCAAGAUCUCGUGGUUCCCAAAGGCCCUUACCGAGUGACCCUCGAGUAUUUCCUCAACGAUAACAACUCGAACAGUUGGCAACUUGCCAGUGCCCGAGGUUUCUUUCUCACGCAGUGGGCAAAGGCUUUUUGCUCUGUCUACUACAAUUCCGAGGACAAUGAUGAGGUUACGUACGAUGAUGAAACUGAGGAGGCAGUACAUCUCUUUGCGAAGAUUUUCUCUGAUUCGCGGUGGCUAGAGACAAACAGAACUUUCGACAAAGUUUCCACUGCUCAGGGAAAAUUCGCCUAUAUUUUAACAGUCCUGAACUCAAGCUUCUGCAAAGCUUUUGAUACAAUCUUGAAAGUGCUUCUCAACUCAAUCACGAGUGACCAAGCCAAAGUCCGAAGUCGCAGUCUGAAGAGUGUGAUCUAUAUGCUUGAAAAAGACCCUAGUCUUCUUGAUAGAGAUGCCUCAGUCAUGCGCGUGAUUCUUCGGUGUGCAGCAGAUGCUUCGCCCAUGGUCCGCGACUCUGCAUUAUCGUUGAUCGCCAGAUGCAUUGUCUUGAAGCCGAACCUGGAGGAAGACGGAUGUAGAGCCAUUCUAGCCUGUGCUGGCGAUGCAGCAGCAGGGGUUCGAAAGCGCUGCAUUGGGUUGAUGAAAGAUAUCUACCUCAAAACGUCACGCGUUGAAUUGAAGCUGGCUAUCUUGGAUAGCUUUCUCCAGCGCACUGUUGACCUUGAAGAGGGUGUGGCAGCAUUGGCGCGUCAGACAUUUGAGGAAAUCUGGCUCACUCCGUUCUAUGAUAUGACAGACUCUGCUCAAGAUGCCCCCAAACUGAAGGUUGGGCUUGCUGAAAGAGUCACACUCUUCGUCCACUUGGUGCAAAGAAGCGAUACGGCUCUAGAAGCAUUGGGUUCAUGCCUAGGAAAGCUGCUAUCUGAACCUUCCAAGUCAGCCACUUCGAAUUUCAGAGUGUGCAAGGCUAUGGUUGCCACUAUGUUUGAGAAAUUGAUCGAGGGCAGCGAUUCAAGGAAGGAAUUCCAACAGGCUUUACUGCAAACAAUGACGGUUUUUGCGAAGGUGAACCCGAAACUUCUUCGCCCAGGUCAGUUGGACGCCCUUCAUCCUUAUAUUGGAAAUCUUGCCACAGCGGAGGACCUGUUCCUGUUCCGUUCUGUGGUCAUCAUCUAUCGGUGUGUUCUACCAUACCUGUCGAACUCACAUACCACGCUCUUGAAGGAUGUUCAAAAUGACCUUUUCAAGAGCGUGGCUAAACUCGCGCGGGCGGAGCUCAACGAAGUCAUGGCUUGUCUCUGGACUAUCAACGGUGUUCUGCAGAAUACGGACCGCCUCGUGAAACUCACGAUCUCCGUCCUGAAGCCGAUACAGCAAUAUAGAAGUAUUGACCUCUCUAGCAGCAACAAUGCUGUAGUUCUCGCGAGGUCGAAAAGCUAUAUCCGAAUUGCUGGCUGUGUCGGGCGACAUUGUGACCUUGAGAAAUACGAACCUCACUUCAAGAACGCGUUCCCAGCUUGGAAAGGCGGUUCCGUAGCUGGUCUAAUGGUCGACUCAAUCAUCCCUUUUACCGUGUCAAAGCAACCACUUGAGGUGCGUAUAAUGGCUCUGGAAAGCUUGGGCUCUAUUUGCCAAUCAUGGCCUGCGCAUUUUGGUCGAGAAGAAUCAAGACGUGUCCUUGCGGCUGUGUUUGCGGAAGAUAACCCCAGUCUGCAAAACAUCGUGUUGAAGUCCUUCGCGGAUUUCUUCGCAAUGCACGAAGGCAAGGCAGAGAAGUCCAUAGUUCCCGCCUCCGAGGCCGCAGACCAGCAAAAUACAACUAGGUUAGGCGGGUCAUUGAAAGCGAGCGACAACGACGGGGCUGCUGCGUUGAUUGCCCAGCAUUUUUUGAAGAAUAUGCUUCGGGUCGCGCAAUCUCGACAGGACUCCUACGGCUUGACCGCCAUUGAACUGAUCGCUAGUAUCAAUAGGCAAGGUCUAGUGCAUCCAAAAGAGUGCGCAGGGGUUCUGGUCUCUUUGGAGACAUCUACCGUCCCGGCCAUAGCCAAGGUUGCGUACGAGACGCAUAAGAUGCUUCAUCAGCAGUAUGAAUCCAUGUUCGAGAGGGAAUACAUGCGUGCAGUCCAGGAGGCCUUCUACUAUCAACGUGAUGUCGUUGGCGAUUCAGCUGGCGCCAAGGCUCGACCAUAUGUUGCCAAGCUAGCACCUCUAUUUGACAUUGUCAAAAUCAGCAACAGUCGGUACCAAAAGAAAUUCCUUUCCAAUCUGUGCUCCAAGGUGAAUUUUGAAUUAAAGAAACUCGAUUCUAGCGGCAACCCACCGGAGCACCUUCUGCUUGCUCGCUUUAUCUCUCAGAACUUGGCGUUCUUUGAUUAUAACCAGCUUGCUGAACUCGUGGCGACUAUCGGCUCCAUUGAACGCGUUGUCUCAGCGACAGGAACAAUUGUAGCUCACACAAUUGAGUCCGAGAUAUUCCCGCCCAAACAGGAAGCUCCGCCGGGAGACUGUAUGUCCACGGCUAUGCCAACGGAUGCUACCAGCAAUCUGCCAUUGCAGAAUAUCAACGCAGCAACCUUGCGACAUCUUACAGUUGCAGCUGCAUCACUGUCUAUGUUAUGGGAGGCACGAACACACCUUCGACGCUUAUAUGGGGUCGCGGCUCACAUCCGAAACAACGCAAAGGCCGCUGCGAAGGAGCUUAACAAGUCCGCCACGAAGGUGCAGGGUAUCAAUGGCGAUAGGUUCUGGGAGGCCAUCGCCCGAAACAUGUCGUCCCUAGAUAGUCAGCAAAGCAUGAUCGAGAAAUGCCGUGAAUUCGCCACCUUACUUUCCAUUGACGAGGAGUUCAAGAUUGGAGACGACGAAGACGCCGAAGGAGACGGUCUUGACGCACCUGCCGAGGCUGAUGACCCUGGCGCAAACUGGGUUGCUGGUCAACGUCCUACCAAACGCAAGGGCUCCAUGUCAAGUCAAAAUCCGCCGAAACGACCCCGAGGCCGAAAGUCUGGGUCCGCAAAGAAGCGAAACAGCGCGAGUGCAACACCGGAUGGAGAUGCGGACUGGGAGUAG